UGUCAGGUCAUCCAGAGGACGAGAAAUCCACAAAAAGCGAUUAUGUAUUGCGGACGGUUAACAGAGGAGGACAUGGACGAUAUUGAGGAGAUGAUAGGAGAGGGCCGAAAACGCUUCACCCUGCUUUAUAGCAUCGCUCGAGAUGCAUGCGAUCCCGGAAUCUUUCACCGACGCUGUGACAACAAGGGUCCUACCGUUACGAUGCUGUAUAACGCCCAAAAAUCCUUGCUUGGUUUCUACACUAGCAUUGAUUGGCAAAGCGAUGGCUCUUGGAAAGCAGACAGAAAAAACUUCUUGAUACAACUUAGAUACCUGGGACACAGGCGGUUCACAAAAUGUCUUACAAAAGGCGCUACAGGUGAAAUAUUGUGCAGUAAAACAUAUGGACCUUAUUCACGUGCUCUCGGGUGUUUUUCUGGUAAAACACUGGUACCAGAAAACGGUGAGUUUUCAUUGAACAGUGAAAUCGGAGGCUUUACUGCAACUAAUUACGACACCAACGGCCUUUCCAUGAGCGACACGAACAACCAAUGCACGCAGGUCAUAGAUCUAGAGGUGUACAGUAUUGCAGAUGGAGAACGGCUAUGGCAUCGCGACAUAGAAUGCCCUUGGCGAACACAACCUCAGUCGGUCGCGGAGAAUGUGUUAAAGAUGAUGGAAGAACUGUUGGCGAUAAAACCCCCCAUAAAGCCCCGAUUGUUGCUACUUGGACCAAUGGGCGCUGGCAAGUCUAGCUUUGUAAACACAGUGGCCACAGCCGUCGCAGGCCGCAUGGUUCGCCUUGCCAACUGUGGGACGGGUGGACAUAGCGCCACUGUCAAGUACUCCUCUUACCGUUUGCGUUCAACAACGGGAUCACCUCUAGACAUCAAACUCUGUGACACACCUGGUUUGGAGAUGACUCAAGGAAUUGACACCAGUGAGCUACGUUUCCUUUUGGACGGCAACGUGCCAAAAAACUACGAGUUCAAUCCUGCACAACACAUAUCACUGAAAUCUCAGGGUUUUGUGUUCGAGCCGAAGGUAGGAAACCUUGUUCACUGUGUUGCGAUGGUUGUUGAUGCUACAACAGUAGAGGCCAUGCCUGGAGGAGUUCAAGACCAGUUAAAGCGUUUCAAACAAGUCGUAUUUGAAAAGGGCAUUCCAUUGACGGUUUUGCUGACAAAGGUUGACAAAGUCAACGAUGAUGCUCGUCAGAAACUUGAUGAUAUUUUCAUAAACCCGGUCGUUGGAAAAUUGGUGUACAGGACAGCAGACCUGUUUGGAGUCCCCCCGAACGUCGUCUUUCCGAUCAAAAACUAUGAACGUGAAGUGGAAUCAGGAGCUCCUGUGAACACUUUAGCGCUUGUUGCACUGAAGAGUAUGGUAGUAAUUGCGAUUGAUCAAAUGUCCAAAUUAUACGAUGUUGAGAGAGUGGAGUGUAAAGAAAACAAGCAGGUCUUAUUUACAGAAUCCCUCACAAAACAUAGGAAAGUUAAAGUUUAGUUUAAGAAACUAUUUUUGUGUACAUUUGCAUCGUUAUCUGCUUUGAUAGGUCGAUUUUGAUAAGUGACCUAAAAUGAACAUAAUCUAAAUUAUACUUUAAAUAAUGUUCGUUAUGAAAUUUUGUCUGGUAGUGCCCAUUGAACUCUUUAUAAACUGUUUAGUUUAAUAGGUUUGAAUCAGUUGAAUAUAUCUUUCAGUUGCAUGCUCGAUGUGUCAAAAUAUAGUUGUAGCUAUUAUGAAAAAGUUAACUUUCGAAUUCUAGGUUUAAACGCGAACAAUAUUGGUUGAUGCUAAAAAUGUUCUUCUUUUUUUAAUGCUAAAGCAUUAUCAUGUUAAGUCAUUUGUCUUUAAUGAUAAAAACCAAGAAAACCCUUAUGAUUUGGGUACGAAAAUAUUACUCUUUAAUAAUGGUUGUUUUAAAUCAAUAUCUUCUGAGCUACAAAUUUCCAAGUUAAAUAUGAGCAAACAUAUUGCUUAUAUCUUUUUAUCUGUACCUAAACCAUAUGGUUUUGUUUUGUUUUGAUCAUCAAAUUCAAAUGAGUAAAGCACGACAGAGCAUUGAAAUUAAAACCAAAAUGCUUCAACAUAUAUCGUGCGCCUUAAAGAGAAUUUAUAGUUGGUACAUUGUUCGAAUAAAUUUAGUUAAUGCAUA